UUUCUCGCACCCCCCCCCCCCCCAUGGGAUUUGGGAACAGUGUUGGACUUUGGCGUGUGUGAAAACGGGAGCUGGAACCUGUUCUCCCCCCGGUGGACCCUGCAAAAGUGACUCAAGAUUCUCAUAAGUUUACACUAACCCGGUUUUGAAGUUUAGAUUUUGUCUAAGGAGCUUUGCACCCUAUGGUGCGGCAACGGCCACCGAGAAAUGGAUGCAUCUCAGGCCGCUUUCCCAAACGGUGAAGGGCGGCCGGGCGGCGGUGAGACAGAGGAGCAUGUCUGGACACACUCUCCGGUACGACGCGCAUGGGGCCACUCCGCUCCGCUGUGCCCGACGAGGUCCCUCUGGACCGCAGCGUAUGACUACGAGGCCAGCGGGGAGGACGAGCUCAGCCUCCGGCGAGGGGACGUAGUGGAGGUCCUCUCCAAGGACGCCGCGAUCUCGGGGGACGAAGGCUGGUGGACCGGUAAAAUUAACCACCGGGUCGGAAUCUUCCCGUCCAACUAUGUCACCUACCAACCUGCUAUCUACCGGCUCCCUGCCGCAGGGGGCUCGGUAGGAGCGCCUGAGCACGUCCCAAACUCGCCGGUCCAAAUCGAUUUCAGUGAACUUGUUCUAGAGGAGAUUAUUGGCGUGGGCGGUUUCGGUAAAGUUUAUCGGGGAACGUGGAGAGAUCAAGAAGUCGCCGUUAAGGCGGCCCGGCAGGAUCCCGAUGAGGACAUCACGGCCACCGCAGACGGUGUUAAACAAGAGGCGAAACUUUUCUCCAUGCUACAGCACCCCAACAUUAUCAAGCUGGAAGGAGUGUGUUUGGAGGAGCCCAAUUUAUGCCUGGUCAUGGAGUAUGCCCGUGGUGGCACCCUCAACCGGGUGUUGACCGGAAGGCGGAUUCCCCCGCACAUCCUGGUCAACUGGGCCGUUCAGAUCGCACGCGGGAUGCACUACUUACACGAGGAAGCCGUGGUACCAAUUAUUCACCGGGACCUGAAGUCUAGCAACAUUUUAUUACUUGAAAAGAUUGAGAACGAUGACAUCGGGAGGAAGACUUUGAAGAUCACUGACUUUGGACUGGCCAGAGAGUGGCACAAGACCACCAAAAUGUCAGCAGCGGGCACCUAUUCCUGGAUGGCCCCUGAGGUCAUCAAGUCCUCCCUUUUCUCCAAAGGCAGCGAUGUGUGGAGCUAUGGUGUCUUGCUUUGGGAGCUGUUGACAGGGGAGGUGCCAUACCGUGGGAUAGAUGGCCUGGCCGUGGCAUACGGAGUGGCGGUCAACAAACUGACUCUGCCGAUCCCCUCCACCUGCCCGGAACCCUUUGCUAAACUCAUGGAAGAAUGCUGGGAUCAGGAUCCACACGUCCGCCCCUCUUUCUCCUGCAUCUUGGAGCAGCUGUCAGCUAUUGAGGAGGCAGUGAUGGCCACCAUGCCCCAGGAUUCCUUCCACAGCAUGCAGGACAACUGGCGCGUGGAAAUCCAGGAGAUGUUUGAUGAGCUCAGGACCAAAGAGAAGGAGCUGCGUUCCAGGGAGGAGGAGCUGACCCGUGCGGCGCUGCAGCAGAAGUCGCAGGAGGAGCUGCUGAAGCGCCGGGAGCAGCAGCUGGCGGAGAGAGAGAUCAAUGUCCUGGAGCGAGAGCUCAACAUCCUCAUUUUCCAGCUCAACAAGGACAAGCCCAACGUCAAGAAGAGGAAGGGUAAAUUCAAACGCUCCCGCCUCAAACUGAAGGAUGGCAACCGCAUCAGCCUGCCCUCAGACUUCCAGCAUAAGAUCACAGUUCAGGCGUCACCCUCCAUGGACAAGAGGCGUAGCCUACACAGCACCAGUUCCUCUCCUCCCAGUAGCCCCACACUUAUCCCUCGGCUACGAGCCAUUCAACUGACAUCCCAUGUACGGAGGGACAGUUUGUUUGUUUACCAGCAGGAGGUUGAUCUGACCAGUGAGCUCACAGUCCACUCUGGGCUCAAGAAUAAAGUUACUCUAGAUGAGAGCAACCGUACAUGGGGACGCAGCACCCUCUUCAGGCCGGAGGAGUUUGAUGACGUGAAGAGGGGAAUCAAAAAGAAAGGAAGAACUUGGGGCCCCAGUUCAGUACAGAGCAAAGACAGGCCCAGUGCUGCCGAGAGAGUUCGUCCUCUCUCCGAUGGCAGCAACCCCUGGUCCACUAGUAUGGUAAAGUCCCAGAAAUCUGUCCCUCUUGCUGCUCUGUUUGCUGAACAAGGGGGCAGUAAAGAUGAGGCAUUCUCCCCUGAGUGCUUGGACAGCAGCAGCUCCAAACCAAAGCAAUUCAAGUUCCCCAACCAGGUGUAUAUCGAUCUACCUCUCUGGAAGGACGAGCAGCAGCCCCAGAGCCCUGCAGGGCACUGUGGGCCAGGAGAGGCAGGGUUAGGGGGACAAACAGGCCAGAACAGUGCUGGAGAGAGUCAAGAAGACCACUACACUACUACGUCCACCUCCUCCACCUCUACCACCCCACAACUCACCCCCACAAACAGCCUGAAGAGGGCAUCCGCUCGCCGCAAGACUGACUCAGUGCUGUACAGCUGCGGUUCACUGCUGGCAUCGGUGGCGCUGGGCUACGACCUUCGGGAGGCUCUCAAGAACUCAUCCCUUGGUGAGGAAAAUGAGCCCCAGCGAGAGGAGAAGAAGAAGAAAGAGGGUCUCUUCCAGCGGGCUACCCGCUUCCGGCGCAGCACCUCACCACCUGGCAGCCGCUCCCGUAAAGAUGAGAUGCUGUCAAACCAUGCCUCCAACCAACCUGUCAAUCUCCUCUCCAUGUCAGCCAUCUUGGAAUGCAACUCCACCAAGUGUCUCUUACAGCCCGAGGUGGAGAGGGCUGAGAGUAGCACCUGGAAAGACAAGCUUGUGACUAUCAGUUCUCCGGAACCAUGCAAAACAGGCCCAGCAACCUCCAUAGAAGACCAGGGUAAUAGGACAGCUGAUAAAACACAAGUCCAAUCCCCACUACAAACCCAAAGCCAGGCACCAGAUCAGAGCAACCACACUACAGGAUCCCGCCUCCGCAGGAAGAAGUCUGCCACCAGCAACAUCACUAAUGGCCCACCUACUCUGCCUCCUCCGGCACCCCAUCAGAAGAAGAAGCAGGAGAAAGAAAAAGACAGCGCUUCAGAGAGGCCCGUCAGUGGUGAGGCAUGCUCCCGACCACGUCCCCUGUCCCUACGAGCAAAGCCCCAUUCCUGGGCCCUGCUGCGUGGGCGCAACAAAAGCUACUCCCUGGGCCACUACACUGGAGAGAAGAGUGCGCAGAGCUUGAACAUGAUGCUGUCAACUGAAGUCGGCGGGGGCUGCUCUCUGCUGGACAUGGACAGCGAGGGCCAGAAACGGGAUUGCACUGUGCCGCUCUGCCGUAUCCAGAGCUCCCCGGGAAGGCCCUCUGUUUUUGAACUGGAAAAAGAAUUCCUCUCCUAGGACUCCUUCAGAGCCUAGAGAAUGAAUCAAGCUGCUGCUGCUGCUACUGCUAUUUAGGCAUUAGCUCAUCUAGUUUUAUCAAGAGUGUUGUAAAAUUUCAAGGUGCCCCAGAACUCCUGGAGGGUUUAGGACCAUAUUGCCUCUAUUCACAUGACAAGUUCUCCAAGCAUAGAGCCCUGCCUCGACUCUGUUCUAGAACUUAAAGGAACACAUCUUGAUUUUCAACAUUAUCGCUCUGUAUGCUGUAGGGAUCACACUCCCAUUAGCGGCCAUUAUACUGAGUAGUCCUCUUCAGAUCUCUGAAACGGUGCCAAAAUUGUGCGAAGAAGUGUCUAUGAAUGUGAAAACCA